AUGAACGUGUCGAGUUUACCGAACUUUGCGCUUUACCACCAGACGGCGUCGCAGAGCGAGCAUCCGUUACGACAGAACAGUUCUGAGCAAACUGUGCAGAUGAAAAUAGGUUACGCUGCGCAGAACAGCAGUGCGCAGCAGCAGCAGCAGCAGUACCUCAGUACGACGCACGACGAGUCGAUAGCCAUGGAGGCGAGAAGACGACUGAAUUUCAAAAAAUCGUUCCUGGACGACCCUACUUUCUACCCAGAGAUCUCUUCGAACCAGCCGGGCCCGUACAGGAAUAACAAACCGUACAUUGGGAACGUGUACAACCAGAUCACCUCGCUGAGUAACAUGAUGAUGAGCAGGCAGCAGCAGGCGCAAGCGCAGUCGCAGUCGCAAUCGCAGCCGCAGGGAUCGAUGAACUCGCCAUCGAAGUCGCCGCCGUUCGUCCCCAUGCCCGGCGGAGAGAAGGCACUCAAGAACCAGCAUUUCCAAUUCAGACAGGCGCAGUCGCAAUUCCAGCUACCGGCUAAGAAAAUGGGCAACGUCUCAAAUCACCGCUCGCAGCAGGGCGAUCCGUACCUCAUGAACUAG